AUGGUGGGGACCGUUCACAAGCACGACCGGGUGCGGUGGGCGUGGCGCGUGCUUGGUCUAGACACAAACCCCUCCUACGACAGCAUUCGUGCCGCGUAUUGCAGACUCGCGGUCACGACCCACCCGGACCGCUGCACCGACCUCGGCGCGAAGGAGAAGUUUCAGGCGCUGCACGCCGCCUAUGAAACGGCGCUGGAGAAUCACGCACAGACGAAGAACACGGGGCGGUCCGCGAAAAAUGGUGGGCGGGCUGACUUUGACUGGAGAGCGGAAGUGGCGCGUGUGCGGGAGGCGUAUAGCAGCAUGUUCAAGUAUCAGCGUCGCCCUGAGGCGGCGGCGGCGGCGGCGGCGGCGACACCAUGGUGGAAACAGAAGUCGACUCCGCCAUGCGCCGCGCCCCAGCAAUCACACAAGAGACGGCACUCGAAUAAUAAAAAUGCAGCAAAAGCGCCAAUGCGUGGGGCGAAUGUUGCAGCAGCGGCGACAGGAAUAGCGUCAGUAUCAGCACCGGCAGAGGACGAAGAGUGCCGUGGGCGAGCUACUGAAGCACGUCGCCGUCGUGGCUUACCUUUGGCACAGCAGUUGAUCUGCCGCAUCGUGUCAAGAGAGGCAGCACGGCGAAGUGCCAUAAUGCGUCUUGCGCAGAAUGAACGGCGGGGCAUUUUUUUAAGCAGAAAUGAGGAAAGGAUCCGUCACGCCAUAGAGAAGUGGGAAACUGCCUCCUGGGCGAAUAUGAACGAGCAAUGGGCCGAAGUACUGACCUGCAGCGGUCACUCGCAGACGGCACUUGUGUGA